AGGAUCCAUAUGCGCGCUUUCUUUUUUCCCCUUGUCCUUUUAAUUUCUCCCCUUUUCUUAUUCCAAACUCUAAAUCAUAUCCCUGUUUCCUUCCCUCCCCUUUCGAAGUGUCAGAUGAAGGGACCUCCUCAUUUGGGCUCCAGUUUUUUGCGUUAGCGAAUCACAAAGUGUCGGAAUCUAUUGCCUUUGUCUGACAAGUCAUCCAUCUCUAAGCAAGGGGGGAUCGGGGGUGGUGGAUAUGGUGCUGGUAGGGGGGGGAUUGCAGCUUUUAGAAACAGACACACAAGGAGAGGGGCUUCAUUCUCACUCCAAAGCUUCUAGCAAGCACAUCCCAUCUUUAGAAAAAAAAAGAGACCACGAGACACUUUCAGUGUCCAUGUUUCCCCUGUCAACCUUGUAUAUAUCUGAUCAAACCCAAAACCUUCCAGCUUCAGCCACAGAGAUCAUAAGGAGGAAUUUCUACUGCAGUUUUACAAGAGGACACGGGAAGACUCCUUGAGCCGAGCAACGCUUCUUACCUCGUCAUUAUGUGGUCCAAAGCUAUUUAAUAAAACCCACGGUUUUUUUUUUGUGAGAAUUUUGAGGCAAAAUACGUUUUUAAAACAAGUAUCGGUCAUGUUCUUCACCUGACAGACCUCCCUCCUAUCUUCGUUGCAAGGACUGAUAAACGCGAGAGAACAACUUUUCCGUCUUUCCUUUCAUUUUUUUAAGAAGUUACCUUCCGAUCGAUCGGUGUCGGAAGCAGACAGCCUAUUUUUCUUCCGUCUUGUAGAAUUUGUUUCGUUUCUUUUAAAUUUUAAGCUGCAUUAACGAGGCGAAACGGCGACUUCAGUUGAUUAUCUUUCUUUUCUUUGCUAUCCCAUGGAUAUUCACUGCAAAGCAGACCCGUUCUCCGCGAUGCACCUCUCCUGCGCAGGGCAUGGGGGUGUGAACCAGCUAGGCGGGGUGUUUGUGAACGGCAGACCCUUACCUGAUGUGGUGAGGCAAAGGAUUGUCGAGCUCGCCCAUCAGGGGGUGAGGCCCUGUGAUAUCUCCAGACAACUGAGGGUCAGCCAUGGCUGUGUCAGCAAGAUUCUUGGCAGAUACUACGAGACCGGCAGCAUUAAACCCGGAGUAAUUGGGGGCUCCAAACCAAAGGUAGCAACUCCAAAAGUAGUGGAUAAAAUCGCAGAAUACAAGCGCCAGAAUCCCACCAUGUUCGCCUGGGAGAUCAGGGACAGACUGUUGGCAGAAGGCAUUUGCGACAAUGAUACAGUCCCCAGUGUGUCGUCCAUCAACAGGAUUAUACGUACCAAAGUUCAGCAGCCCUUCCAUCCAUCUCCUGACGGAACAGGAACACCUCUCUCAACACCUGGCCACACUAUAGUACCGAGCACGACAUCGCCGCCCGUAUCCAGUGCUUCCAACGAUCCAGUGGGGUCUUACUCGAUCAAUGGCAUUCUGGGUAUUCCCCGAUCCAACGGUGAAAAGAGGAAACGAGACGAUGAUGGCUCAGAUGGUUCUGGCCCAAACAGUGACUCUCAGGGUAGUGUGGACAGUUUACGGAAGCACCUGAGAGCCGAUGCUUUCACUCAGCAACAGCUCGAGGCCUUGGACCGGGUCUUUGAAAGGCCUUCGUACCCAGACGUCUUCCCAACAUCUGAGCACAUCAAGCCAGAGCAGACUAACGAGUAUUCACUACCAGCACUGAACCCUGGACUUGAUGAAGUGAAGCCCAGCUUGUCUGCCAGUGCCAACCCAGACCUAGGACCCAACGUGUCACAGAGCUAUCCUGUAGUGACAGAAUUCCAUUCAUCCUCCAUCUGUGUAAAGCAGGAGCCGCACGAAGCCUCGCUGGCUCCUUUCACCCCCUCGUCCCUGGUGGGCUCAGGCCUAGCGGAGCUGCAGCCUUUCCAGCCCACCGUGUCUGUAGACGCCUCAACCCCUUCCUACUGUGCCUAUGCCCACCGUGGCUCCAGCUACGGGCAGUACGCAAGCCAACCUUUAAUAGCAGGUCGGGAGAUGGCCAGUACUACCCUACCUGGAUACCCACCUCAUGUGCCGCCCACUGGACAGGGAAGCUAUCCCACCUCCACACUUGCAGGAAUGGUUCCUGGGAGUGAGUUUUCUGGAAACCCCUAUACCCAUCCACAGUACACAACCUACAAUGAAGCCUGGAGAUUCAGCAACCCAGCAUUAUUAAUGCCGCAUCUAGAGGCUCCGCCCCUCCCACUGCUGCCACUGCCUACGACCGCCACUAGUUACCAUGGAAACCAAAUCAAACUGCAGGAUCAUGGGUAUGGCCUCCAUAUUGUACCAGUCUGAUCAGCAUUAAGGGCAAACAGAUGGAAGACCGCUCCAAAACCCUCCUACUGUCUCUUGCUUACAUUAUGAAGGACAAACUAACAGGGACUCCCAACCACUACACACACCAAAACACACACACACUAUUUGGCCCUUCCAAGUUCACAGUCCUAUGCUUCAAUCUGCAAGACUGUAAAAUUUCAAGAGACUUUGAGAGAUUAUAUAUAUAUAUUGUUAAAAAAAAGAAGAAAAACAAGGCUUGUUAAGAAGGCAACGUAAAAAACGUGAUGUGAUUUUUUUUCUUUUUAGUUGUUUUUUUUUCAUGGAUCAAUACAUUCCUUUAUCUGACUGUGAUCUCACCUCUUAAAAGUUUGCAAACGGACUCAAACUUGAAAGCAGCAGUUUACUCCGAAGCAGAGAAUCUUUUGACUCUCCUGAGUUGCCUGGCACAGCUCCCUUCACUUGCGCGCUGUAACCAAGAGGACUGCACAUCACAUUCAUUCUGUGGAAAAGACAGAGCCAUCAGUGUGGGCCGUCCCCUUGUCAACAGAUUCCAGAAACUCUUUCUGACAAGCAGCACAGCACGUCUAACGAAGUAUAUUCCUUACUGAUGAUGCCAUGAGAGGAUUAUGUGGACAUGUUUUAUGUGAUACACAAUCAGUUGUAAAAACUAAAAUGUAAAAAUAAAGGAAGCCAUGACACAUCAUGGUCUUCUGCCGACCAGAAUUUAAAUGAGUAAAUAUAUUCUUAAAUUAAUUUUUUCUAUUUUUUUUAUCAUUGUUGAUGUUAUUAUGAAGGUCGUUUUUUUUGUUGUCGUUGUUGUUUUGAACAUUCAGGAUCAUUUGAUUUUUUUUUUAAUUUGUUUCAUUUCAUUUUUGUAUUUUAAAGACAGAGCAAAUGAUCCAAUUCCAUGCAAUAUCUGACCUUUGUUGGUUCUUAUUUUGCACUAUUAUCUGAAGGUGUGACACUAUAGGAUUGGAACACUCAGAGCUCACUGUUGGUAACUACCUUUUUCUGUAGGGCAGUAUAGACAACCAUUUCAUUGAAAACGUGUGUAAAUAUAUCAAUUGAUCAGAGCUGGCACUUAAAGAAGCCCUGAAUUGAAGUUUACAAAUUACUUAUCCAUGCCAUUGCAUUGGUUAGAUUCACAUGGUGUAGUCAUUACAGUUAUAACAUACAUACAGUACAAGCAAACAUUUUAAAAUCUUUCUCUAAAUUUAUGUUACAUCCUCCAUGUACACUGGCUUCCAAGCCUUAGUCCAAAAUUCUAUUUUUUAGCAAAAAAAAUUAAGACAAGGUGUCUUUUUAAAGGUGUUCUGUAACUAUUUGCACUUAUAAUGAAAAACAAGAACAAAGCAAACAGCUUUUGUGACAACAUCCAGGUAUGAAAGUUAGACGGAGGCACAUACUGCAUAGGGCAGCUGUUUAAGAUGCAGACAGCUGUGACAGGCACUAUUACUGCAUUGCUGGCUUUAUGUAGACUCUGUCAGGCCUCAGGCUUCAAGCCAUAUCAAUAAUGAACAAGAUUAACACUAUAUUCACGCAACACAUUUCCCCCAAUCACUUGCAGAAAAGAACAAGGGCAUCUUUAUUUUGAUGGACUAAAAUUUUACUAAAAAAAUGGAUCAUAAAUUAUUUUCUAAGUGAUAAAACUGGAUAUACCCUAACCCCCUCACACUGAAUCCAUGAAGAUUAGUUCAAGACAUGAACUGAAAAAAACCCAUCUCAAGUCUUACAGUUUGAGACCACAGUUAAUGCCUUACAAUCUACAUUUCUAGUAUAAAGCAUCAUUACAGCAGUUUUCUGUUUUAGAAAGCAACUGUAAGAACUCAACCAAUUAUUGUUAGUUCCGCUAGUCUUUAAACUAAAAGAUUAGGUAAUGCAGUGAAGAAAGAAUAUAAAACAACAAUAUUUUUUCAGUGGUGAAAUUUUUCACUCUUACUGCUCCUAAAAAUGUAAAGUGAAUGUAACUUUUUACCACAUUUGCCAAAGACUUAGUUCUUGUUAAUAUUUUAUUUACAGUCUGUGUAUGCAUUGUAAAAGCAGUAUUAUAGUAAAAACCAACUAGUCAACACUGAAAGUUUAUGUGGUAAUAUUAUGCAGAGAAAAAAGAACAUCAUUAUGCAUAUUAAAUCUCUGUAUGCGAAAAGGUGAAUUCUAGCAAUUAUUUAAUUUUAUGUUAUUUGCAACAAAUUGCUGCUUUGUAGAAUAAUUUGUGUAUAAUGUGAAGACAAUUCUUCUCUGUAUAUAAGAUCACGUACACCCUGAGCAUUACAGCAUUACAUGAAUACUAAUUUACUUCUCCCAUUUGUAGAUAUAAAAAGGACAAAAGUGACAUCACAUUUGUGUCUGAAGUGUGGUUGUGGUCUACAAAAAGACCAAGCACAGCAUGAACCUACAAACUCACAAGUCUCCUACAAAUUGUUCAAGGGAUUCAGGCCGUGACAGUCAUCACCUGUAGGUUUGGUUGCGUUGUUUUGUCUUUUUUCCCACAAUGACUUUUUUAAAUCACUAUGCAAAGAAAGAAAAUGGCUUUUUUUAAUUUCUUCUGUUGCUGGGCUCUGCCACUGGACCAAGUCAAACACAACCCUCAAUUUUAAAAAACUGAAAUUACUGAUGUGCUUGCCAGAGGGAAAAGAAAAAGAUAUAUAUUUUCAUUCUCUGAUUCUGAAGACUGUUGUCACAACUAUUGUCUAAACGUGACCUUCAUUCCACAUUCAUUGUGAAGUGUGUAACUAUGUUUAAACUGAAGUGAUGAGAAAGCCCGGCCUUUCCUUGCUCAGUAAAAAGCAACUUAUUUUUGUGACCAUUAGACGUUAUAGUGACAACAUCACCCUACCUACUUCAUUGUGGUCAAGUUUGCAUGCUUUUUCAUACACACACACCCAAUGGGAUAAAAUUAAAAGCGCACAGCAGAGUAACAUCCUGGACAAAGCCUGCAUCGAAAACUCUUCUCGUGUAAUUAUUUGGGUGAAUGUCACAUCUGAAUCAGGUGACCCUAUAAUGCCGGCAAACUUCUGGCAGAAAUAUCAAACAGCAAGACUGUGCUUCCAGCAUUGCAGCCCCUCACUUGGAAAGAAGAAAUGAUCAUAGUCAUAUUGCACUUGGGAUUCGACAAUAAACUGCUCUAUUUCUUAUUGAACUCUAAAGCUAUGGUUGGGUACUACAUUUGUGCCACCUUAAAAAACAGGCAUAAAAAGUAAGACUGCACAGCUGACAACAGCAGGAAUGGGUCUCCUCCGGUUGUAAAGAUGAUACAAGGGAUGUGUCACAGAUCUUAACAAGGAUUUUUGAUGGUCUAUAACUAAAGCCACAUGGCUUCAAUCAUUGUUCCAGUUCUGUUCAGAUUUUUUUGUGCACAUGAGAAAUAAAUUUUUGUAUGUCAACUCA